AUGGGAUUUAGUGGCGCGAAGACCUUUAUGACGGAAGGCAAGAAAGCAGAAAAUGUUCUGAUCAAUUGCGAAGUUUACUUUUCUAAGCUGCAAUAUGCAUUUAUGAAAGCAAACCUGUCAUCCUACAAUACCAUCUCCAAGGUGGAACUAAGCAUGUACCGUGACCGAAUUUUCUACGAAUUUCAUAAACGAGCUCUUCUUAAGUACCUUGCCACACCAUCAAGAGAAUCCCACCUCAAUAAAGAGAGAAUCGAUCGCCCGUGGACUGCCAUGUUUGGAACGAAUUAUGUGGAAACAUUACGACACGUAUCCGAUGAGCACUCUGCAUUAGAACAACUUAGAAAAUUUAAUCAGGAAGACGUAAUGAACGGGCGUGAAGAAGAACUUGAGAACUUGGUAGAGGUUGAGUUUUCUGCAAAAGAGUUGGAAUUCCUCGAGUGGGAUAAAUAUAGACUCCUAGAAGAAAAGUAUAAAAGAAUAAUCUCGACUACGAGCACCGUGGGACCAGCUGCUAUGCUUAAUCAAAAACUUGCAGCAGCUAGCGACGAGCGAGGAGAGCUCUCUGCCACUGAAGAGCGCAUUACUGGCGCCGAUCAGGCGAUAAGUUGUACGUAAAA